GUUGUUUUUUUAUGGCAUGACUCAAACACUUAAUUUUGGCCAGCGCUGCUUUCCGUAACCUGACGCCAUGCGUCACACGUAACAACAUGUCGGCGCCCUCUGCUUUGCAGCUCAGUGUCGGGAGAGACGCGUUCAAACUCGGGUUAUAACAAAUAUUCUGGGUCGUACGCGGUUAUAUUUCUCUGGUCGAAGAGUUGUGGGGAGGUCUGUGGUGUAAAAUGGGUUUGCAGCGGCUGCUCUGCGGAGCACUGCAGAGUUACUCCAGACAGCUCCGACUCGUCUUUCAGCGCGCCUCCAUGUCCACACAGACUUCACAGACCACGUCCAGCACGGCUGACAGACUCACAGGUCUGUGCAGCGGGGUAUUCACCCACACAAACCGGCUCGGCACCGCUCACAGACAGCUGGCAGCCCGCCGCAGCCUCUGCACGUCCAGCUCCAGCCAGCCCUCCAGAGAUGUCACCCUGUUCGCGCACGACAGGACGCGCUUCUUCCGGCUCCUCUCGGUCUUCUGCGGCGGCCAGUUUCUCUUCUGGACUUACCUCGGGCACUUCGCUUACACCGGGCUCAGAAACACGGGGAGCGUCAAAGAGAAAAGCAAGACGUCCACCACCACUACCGCCACCGCCACCGGGUUGGCUGGGAUGUUGAGCUUUGAGAUGAACCUGGGCUCAAACACCUGGAGGUACGGCUUCACCCUGGGCUGCCUCGCUAUAGGAGCAGGGAUACUCGGAUGCGGGUUUGUGUUUUGCCGGCGCUCUGUCAGCCAGGUGGUUUUACACCAAGGCGGGAGGAUGGUGACAGUUUCCACGCAGUCACCUUUAGGAUCAGGCCGAGGCCGCAAAAUAACAGUCCCGCUGUCCCAGGUGGCCUGUCACGCUCACAGACACGAGUCCCCCUCGUUCAUCCCCCUCAGGAUUAAAGGACACAAGUUCUACUUUCUCCUGGACAAAGAGGGGACCAUGAACAACGCACGGCUGUUUGAUGUCACUGUCGGGGCUUACCGGCCUCUUUAGGUUGCCAAAACACCAACACAGCACUGGUCCACAGAUGAAUGCCAAACAUGCAUCAGUUUCUGUUCGUCUUCAAUUAAAUAAUAAAAUCUAUGAGAUCAAACAUGGA